AUGGCAGAAGGCCCUGCAAACUUCAAAGAAGAGAUAGAAAUGUCCCUAGCUGAAGACCUGGGGACCGGAAGCCUUGGGCGGAGCCAAGAACAGUCAGAGAGUCCAGAAACAGUGGAGUGUGAGCCCAGGCUGCUGAAUAUCUCCCAGAGGCGACUGAGGAUGGAAGCAAAGGCUCCUGGACCUUCCCCGGGCCACUCAUCUUGGAUUCUGUCUGGCUCCCGUCCCAAGAAAGGGGGACACCAGCUGCAGAUGCCCCGGAUGUCGAGAGAACAGAUCCACUGUGAUACCCAUUCCCAGGAGUACACUGGCAUGUUCCAAGGCACCAGGUUCCCCUACGAGCGCAACCCGGAUGCGGAUAUUGUGGCGGAGAUUGGCCUGGAAGAGCUCAGCGGACUGGAGAUGGAAGUCAUGAGAAGGCAGAUGCAAGUGAUCACUGGGCGUCUGCGUGCCCUCGAGAACCGGGAUGCCACCUGGUACCAUAAGGAGACGAUACUCUUCGCUCUGCUGCUGACCAUGUGCUUAGCUAACCUGUGGCUGUGGCUGCGCCAGUGA